AUUGUCCAGCAGAUGUCUCUAAAGUCCUGUAAGUACCAGAACCAUACAUGUUCCUUUAACUUUAGUGUUUUCUUUCCAGGAUCAGUUCACUCUCCACAACACCCAACAUUAACCCUUGGUGGGAAAAAUGCCAAACUGAUCACAGAUCAGCGUCUGUCUCGGACUGGAGGCAGCUUCCUUUAUGCAACAGAUGGGCGGAGUCACAACUGUAAAGUAAGCGGGAACCAAUCAUAAACUCCGGAGGCGUGGUCCUCAGAACUCGAGAUGCGUGACGUUUGCACUGACCUGAGAUUGUAGUAUCGUUGUUAGUAUGUUGGCGUGAGGACUCGGUAGCGGAGGAACCAACGUGCUGAUUAUGUCUAGAUAAACCAACGCAACUCUCUGGCACUCUGUCUGAUAAUGGCAUGCGAUGGUUCGAUUGACGAUUUUCCGGACAAAGUGUUGUUGAACCGAUCACCGUUUCCAUGCAGAAGUAGCAACAGCGCGAGCAACAGAAGUACGGUUUUCCUCGGGUUCUUUAUUUUGUCGAUGUCACUGCACGUUAUCACGCUGCUGUGCUACCUGGAUCUCCGGUCCGAAGUGAAGCGGGAGAUUUCUCAGCGAAGAGGAGGGGACGCGAAGUUGACCCUCGGUGGAACCGAUGUGACUGACCCGGUGUUCCCCUCCGGUCCCCGAGUGAUGGACCCCGGCGCUCGGGCAGAGGGUCACGAGGAGAGGUUACUCCACAGACAACCUGAUGGCCACCCCACCAGACCCCCCACAGCCCCAGGGGACAGCACCAGCACCCCCACAGCCCCAGGGGACAGCACCAGCCCCCCCACAGCCCCAGGGGACAGCACCAGCCCCCCCACAGCCCCAGGGGACAGCACCAGCACCCCCACAGCCCCAGGGGACAGCACCAGCCCCCCCACAGCCCCAGGGGACAGCACCAGCCCCCCCACAGCCCCCCCACCCCCACCCCCCCAGGGGACAGCACCAGCACCCCCCACAGCCCCAGGGGACAGCACCAGCCCCCCCACAGCCCCAGGGGACAGCACCAGCCCCCCCACAGCCCCAGGGGACAGCAGCAGACCCCCCAGAGCCAAACGGAGUCCAAGGAAGCAAUUUGACUCAGAAUCACCUGGGAAACGGAAAGACACAGGAAGAAGAAAGAAAGGUAGGAAGAGGUCUCCUCCAGGAGCUCAGGGCUCCCCUGGUCCCCCUGGAUCUCCAGGCCCACAGGGGCCUCCGGGUAUACCUGGCAUCCCUGGUAUCCCUGGUAGCAACGCUGUGGGCCCCGCUGGACCCCCAGGACCCUCUGGCCCACAGGGGCCCCCCGGGCUGACGGGACCGGCAGGGGUCGUCGAUAAAACCAAAACAAGAGAAUUCCAGCCUGCUGCGGUGCAUCUACAGGGACAGGAGACCACCAUACAGGUCAGGGAGGACCUGUCUGAAGGUGUUCUGAGGAACUGGAAGAUGGUGUCGAUCCACCACCGUGUCUUCAAGAUGCACUCUCGCUCCGGGGAACUGGAGGUCCUACUAGACGGCAUCUACUUCAUAUAUAGUCAGGUAGAAAGAUCAAAACGAGCAGCUUCUCUGAAGUGGCAGAGACGGACAGAGAAAGACUCUCAGACUCUGGGUUCACCGACAGCAUCCUCUCUGAGAACGAAACGGGAGCAGGGGGGCUGUGGUGGAGGGACAGUUGGUAUGACUCAGCAGUCGUUUCUGCAGCUGUCAGCCAACAUAGAAGAACAGCCAUUUGUUAGAGGAAAUGUGACGGUGAUUCCUUGGACAGUUGCUGUGCAUCAAGGGGAGGCCAUCUCCUCCACUGGAGACAGAAUCAUCGUCCAACAAGAUGGCUUCUUCAUAGUGUUUGGCCAGGUGUUGUUCCAAAGCCAAGGCACCAUCCUUGGUCACAUAGUGCGUCGUCGAGGAGCCAAUCAGAGAUCCACAGAGCUGCUCCGCUGUCUACAGGAGAUGCCCCAGACCAACUAUGCCAAUACCUGCUACACUGGAGGCAUCGUGAAGCUGGAGAGAGAAGAUGAGCUGGAGCUGGUGAUCCCAGAUCGACCCCAAGCCCAGGUCUCCAUGGACGCAGACUCCACCUACUUUGGCAUCAUACAGCUGAACUGACUACGAGGAGACAGAAGUCACCAGCAGGAUGUGAUGUCAUGUGGACGUCCUCCCCUUACAGGAUGAGCUCUUCUCACUGAGCUAUUGUAAGAACUCCACAGCUGUUGUACACUGAGAUCCACGGACAGUGGAAGAUGGCUGGGAGAAGACGUUUUUAAUCGGAAUAAUGACAAUAUGAAAUAGACCUUGAAUGCUGUUGUGCUGAGCAUGGGUGAUGAUGUCCAACGUUGAAUGUUGGGUUUUUAUCUGUCAAUAAUUCAAGUGUAAUAAAGUAUUCCGGUAGUCCUGAAUCCACCUGGUGGUUGGAUGCAUUACUCUGUCGUCACAGGAUAUUUCUGUGUGUGUGUGUGUGUGUGUGUGCGCUGUCAUCACAGAGUAUUUCUGUCUGUGUGCUGUCAUCACAGAGUAUUUCCAUGCGUCUGUUUAUACCCUUUCAGGAUUUCCCUCCUCCCUCUCUCCUCUCCUUUAUUUAUUCUUCCUUUCUAUUUCUGAAAGGUUUCCAUUUCCAGGACUAUAGCAGGAACUAACAGAGGAUAAAUAUACCCGGGUAGGAGGACAGACUGGUUGACAUAAUAUCCCUCUAAUCUAAUGACACAAUCAUUGGGAUUAUCAAAACUGUCAUGUCUAAAUAAUUACAUAGUUAUUAUGGUAAUUUUGUGUCUAAAUAAUUACAAGUCUUUUAUGGUAAUUUUGUCUUUUAUUGAAUGCCACAUCCCAUUUUUUAUAGUAUUUUUUAAAUGUUAUAUUCUAUAAAAGAGUCUAUUUUUAAUACACUAAUAACAACAACAACAAAAAGCCACAUUUCUGUCCGUCUCCAGACUUGUAGAUAUGUAUCUCUGUGCUGUAACAAUGUGUCAUGAGUAAUGAGUUUGUUGAGUAAACAGGUCCACAAAGCGUA